UAAAUGUGUGCUCGUUUCGUUUUUAAUUCCAUUUAAAUCCAAGUGUUAGAAAAAAAGAAAAUGUCUAAAAACAGUCAUAAUGAAAACAUGCGGGGCGAUGCGGAAAGCAUCGAAAACAGCCCGUUAUUCCUCGUUGAAGCUGAGUAAAUUCCCCCCCAGCUCGCUCUAGAAACCAACGAAAAAUCCAUUUGUUAUUUUUUUAUUCCGCUGAUAUUUGUGGAAAAUAGCUUCGCAAUAUUUCAAAGCAAAACUUACAUUUCCGUCGAAAAUCCGCACAUAUUUGUAAAAACAAACAAAAAAAAAAAAGAAAGAAAGAAAAAAAGACAGCCGGUGUGAUUUAAAAACAAAAAGGGGAAAAAAAGAAGAAUAACGUGAGGAAAAGCGAGGAGCAGGAGACCUGGUGGAAAAUACAAACGGGUCAAAAAAGGGAAAAUGUCCACAAAAAAAGCGCAGAAAACGUUGAAAGAAGCACCCGGUUCCUUAUUAAGGCGAAGAUACAAUAUUUAUUCCUUGUCUCCUGGGAUGCUCCGCUCCGUCUAUUGUCCUCCCAUUCCUCAGUGCUGAUGCUUAAUUUUCAAAACUUCUAUAUUACCAAGGGACCUACGACAUCAGCCGAGAAAUACCCUGCAAGUACAAAAUCCGUGAGCCAGCCCCGUCCGUGCAGAGGGGAGACGCUCGCGUUCCGCCAGCUUUCUGCCGUUAUACCGAGAGCGCAUGAGGGGGGACUUUUCCAUUUCUCCUGCUUUUUGAGGAUUUUAACACAUUUUUUUUGUAUUAUUUGCUCGACCGGGGCCAGAGAGCGGAGAGAAGAAGAAAAAAAAAAGAGAGAGGAAAAAAAAAAAACCACGGGUUACUUUGGAGAAAGCACAAUGUCAGCGACCUUCCCCGGACUUGUCCACGACGCAGAGAUACGUCACGACGGAUCAAACAGCUACCGGCUCAUGCAGCUCGGCUGCCUGGAGUCCGUGGCCAACUCCUCGGUCGCCUACUCCUCCUCCUCCCCGCUCACCUACCCGGCGCCGGCGGGGACGGAGUUCGCCUCGCCCUACUUCUCGGCCAACCACCAGUACACGCCCCUCCACCACCAGUCCUUCCACUACGAGUUCCAGCACUCCCACCCGGCCGUGGCCCCGGAGGCCUACGGGCUCAACUCGCUGCACUCGGGCCAGUACUACCAGCAGAUCCACCACGGGGAGCCCGCCGACUUCAUCAACCUGCACAACGCGCGCUCGGCCCUCAAGUCCUCGUGCUUGGACGAGCAGCAGCGGCGCGAGCUCGGCUGCCUCGACGCCUACCGGCGCCAUGACCUGUCGCUGAUGACGUCACACGGCUCCCAGGCCUACGGCGUCGGCAUGCACCACCCGGACCAGAGGCUGCUGCCCGGCGCAGGCCUGGGUCUGCCCACGACCGCCUCGGACGACCUGCAGGGCUCCGUGGAAGCGCAGUGUGGGCUCGUGCUGAACGGCCAAGGGGGCGUCAUCCGGAGAGGGGGGACGUGCGUGGUGAACCCUACAGACUUGUUCUGCUCGGUACCGGGCCGGCUGUCGCUGCUCAGCUCCACCUCCAAGUACAAAGUGACCAUCGCCGAGGUGAAAAGAAGACUGUCCCCACCAGAGUGCCUCAACGCCUCCCUACUGGGCGGCAUCCUGCGCAGAGCGAAGUCUAAGAACGGAGGCCGGUGUCUUCGCGAGAAAUUAGACCGUCUGGGCCUCAACCUGCCGGCGGGACGGAGGAAAGCUGCCAACGUCACACUGCUCACCUCCCUGGUGGAAGGUGAGGCGCUCCACCUGGCGAGGGACUUCGGCUACACCUGUGAGACAGAGUUUCCCAGUAAGGCAGUGGGGGAACAUUUGGCGAGGCAGCACAGCGAGCCGAAAGAAACCAGCGCACGCAAGAAAAUGGUUCUGGCCACAAAGCAAAUCUGUAAGGAGUUCCAGGACUUACUGAGCCAAGACCGUUCUCCUCUGGGCUCCUCCAGACCGACCCCCAUCCUGGACCUGGACAUCCAGAGACACCUCACACACUUCAGUCUGAUCACCCACGGGUUCGGCACGCCGGCGGUCUGCGCGGCUCUCAGCACCUUCCAGACGGUCCUGAGCGAGAUGCUCAACUACCUGGACAAGAACUCGAGCGGGAAGACGAGCGGGCCCACCGACCAACAGAUCAACAACAGCUCGGAAAAGACGCAGCUCCGGAAAACGGCCGAGCCCCAGAGCAAAGACGGGAAAACAGAAAAGACUGAGUAGCCCCCACCCACCCGGUCCCCGUGCCUUGGAGCGCUGCAUUUAGGAGUGUGUGUGUGUGUGUGUGUGUGUGUGUGUGUGUUUGCACUCUCAGACUUGUUAACUCCCAGCAUCCCUGUGUCUUCUUUGGGACGACUCCUAUUUAUUGUCAUUUAUUUAUUUUCUGUUGACCCCAACUGUCCCAGACAAGACGUACAGAUGUGUCAGGGGAAGGUAACACUUGUUUAGGUGUGUGUGUGUGUGUGUGUGCGUGCGUGUGUGUGUGGUCAUGUGUGCUGACGAGGAGGAGCCUCGCCCACAGGAGACGGCCGUGACUCGUCCGAGACUUUUUAUUCGUUUAUUUAUUAAUUCUGAAAAAAACAGGAAGUAAACAUGCUGACAUCACAGUUUCCCAGGACAGGGAAGGGGGGGGGGGGGGCGGUAACAGCCAACAGAACACAACACACACACACACUUUUUAAGGGUUUCUGGGCGAUUUUGAACUCAAUCCAGCUGAUUCAGGUGUGGAUUUUCUGCAAGGAUACAAGAACUGACACACGUUUAUUCACCCCCGGAAGUUCAGUUAAUCUCUUUUGGAUUGAAUAAUUGAAUCUCGCUUUCAAAAUAUUUACAGACAUGACCCUGACCCAAACUUCUACUCAUACACACACUCGAACACACACACUGCUUUACGGACCCCCCUUUCCCCCGCCCGUACCUGUGGGAGCACCUGGAACCCACCGAGCAGACUUUUAAUACUUACGCCGUACAAUCAGUGCCACAGCAAGCAGUGUGUUUACCAUGUGAGCGACAGAGGGGGGAAUAAUAAAAAAAAAGGGGACCGAUUCUGGAGUGUGUGUGUGUGUGUGUGUGUGGGAGAGAUAAAGAGAGAGUGAAAGAGAGAGAGAGAGAGAGAGAGAGAGAAGGGUCCAACUCAGCCAUUUUGUAAAAGGUGACUUUGCGGUUGCCGUCGUUCCUCCUCCCCUGUGCAUGUCUAUCUCUGUACACUUCCCCCGGAUCGCAAGUUUAGCCGACACAAGCUCUCCGACCUUCGCUCAUGAACAUUUGUAAAGAUAUAUAUAAAUAUUUAAAUUACUUUUCUUGUAGGCUUUCAACUAUAUAUAUGUUAAAUCCCUACCUUCUAAAAAUGCCGGUGUUCAAUAAAGACAGUUGCUACGUGUUCUA